AUGAAAAUUCCUUUUCUCUUUUUUGCGAUUUUCUUGUCGCAAGUCGCGACAAAAUCGCAAUAUUCAGAUGCUUUCGCGCGCAAAUUCUUCCCAAUUGUUUUUGCGGCGACCGAGGCGAAGAAUGCGACGAAUUGCUUGAACAAAGUUUAUGAUAAUUUUGAGGUGAGUGCGUUUUUGCGUCACGGUGUUUGCACACAUGAUUUUCAAAAAAACGUAUUGUUUGCAGCUCAAACGUCACAUCAAUGUGAUCUGCGAUGAGACUGAAGUUCUCGAUACAUGUUCUGGCCUCACCUUCAUCUCCCACACUGAUAAAUCGAUAGUUCUUGCAUUCCGCGGAACAAAAGGCAAACUCCAACUUCUUGUUGAAGGUGACGAGACGCUUUUCCGCAAUAAAACUGCGUGGGUUGGCGGUGGAAGUGUUAGCUUCUACUUUGCACGCGCUUUCAAUUUGGUGUGGAAUAAUGGAAUGAAGAGCGAUUUUGCGCAAUUGAUUCAUCAAUAUCCGGAUUAUGAUAUUUGGGUGAGGGGAUUUUUCCGAGAGAACGUAACUUGUCCAUUAUCGAAAAUCUUAUCGGUACCACGCGCUCCACACGCAACGCAGACCGCGUCGCACCACAACAUCCACACAAAUAAGGGCCCUCGUUCCGGAACGAUUCAAAUUCCCUCCCUUUUUGUGUGUGUUGUGGCGCGGCGCGGUCUGCGUUGCGUGUGGAGCGCGUGGUGUCGAUGAGAUUUUCGAUAAUAAGUUUUCUGGUUUUAACCAUAUCAAAUUGCAGGUUGGUGGUCACUCGUUGGGUGGUUCAAUGGCAGCACUCGCCACCAAUUUCAUUGUGGCCAAUCAAUUAGUCACCGAUGCCUCCAAAAUCAAAUUAAUCACAUUCGGUGAACCGCGAACCGGGGAUCAACAAUUCGCCGAUGCUCACGAUCAAAUGAUCAAAUAUUCAUAUCGAGUCAUCCAUAAACGUGAUAUAGUCUCACAUAUUCCAUAUAAGAAUGAGGAAGGUUAUCGACAUCAUCGAAAUGAGAUUUGGUAUGAUAAUGAUAUGGAAGAUGGAGCGAAAUAUAAGGAAUGUGAUUCGCAAGAAAGUAUAUUCUGCUCUGAUGGACAUUUGGAUUAUAUGAUUUCAGAUCAUCAUCGAUAUUUUGGAAUGUAUAUGUCAUUUUAUGGAAGAAGAAAUUGUACUGGAGAUCCGGCUAAUUAA